GACCCGCCUCUUCUUUCUGCAAGCCAUGUGGCUGUCGUUGGUAAAUAACCAUCUCUAAUUUUUCAACUUCCAUUUUAAUCUGAUUUUUAUCUUUGCAAAAACCUCUGGCUUGUGUCCCGCCGGAGCUGCCACAAUGUCUGCGGGCGCCGUGGACCUCCGGGCGCAGGUGGAGUCGGUGCUGGGCGCGUUGGUCAAAGCGGCCACGGUGGAGUUAACCAAACUGUUCGAGAGCAGGUACGGAGCCUCGGCGCUGGACGUGGAUGUGGGCCGCACGGAAAACAAAAGGGAAAACGCAACAUUGGAGACACUGGGUAGUUUAUCGACCGGGGACACAAAGCGCAGCAUCGGGGUGCAGGUGGACGAGGACAUUUAUUCGCCUGCGGAGCUUUGUGGUUCCCCUUCCCUCUCAGAUGGUGAUUGUUUGGGGGAGUGCAGGGAGGAGGGGGAGUUGGUCGAAGGGUGUCUCAUUCCAUCAGAAAUCCCCCUGGCUGGAGAUAAUGGCCAGGUUGACCCCGAAUGGUCGCCCCUGAAGGAACAGGUUGUGGCGGAGACUGUGGACAUGGUGGAGCUGAGCGGGUUGGAGUCUCCAGCUGAUAGUGAGCCUCAAACAGAAGUUGUUUGGCAUGUGUCUGCAGGGGUGCUGACAGAGACAUUUGGACAUGAACUUACGAAAAGUUCUCCAACUAAACAGAAGCUUCUCGUCAUCCAACCAGACACACGGGAUAUCAUUUCUGGGGAGACGGGGAAGUUUGUUUGCCCGUUGAUCCUCAAGCCAGAGUCUCCAGCUCCCAAACUCGAGAGUUCAGAGAAGCCCGUUCAAGCCGAGCCUCAACAAUCCUGUGUCAGCACCGCUAAGGGCACCGCCUACAGUCCGUCCCCAUCUGAUGGAGCCGUGACUCCAGCUCAGGCCGGGGUUUGGGAACGGAUCCACACGCCAAAGGAGACAAAGAACAAUCUCCACAUGAAACUGAAACUGACUUCUCCAGACCAAAAGCUGAUGCGUCCCUGCACGGUGGAACUGGUGAACAUGCUCACAGUGCCCAAGUCGGACACGAAGCUUCAGGGUGAUGUUGCCAAAGGCCAUGAUCCCCAGCAAAAAAGUGGUAAGCCCCUGCCCAAAGAUCUCCGCCGUCACCAAGGUCUUCACACAGGCCAUCGCCUCUGCUGCUUCACCCCCUGUGGAAACGGCGUUUGGCGGCUACAGAAGGUGGUCACGCACACCCGCGAUGGAUACCCAUGCAGCAUCUGUGGGAAGACGUUCAAGCGUAGGAAGAUUCUCCGACGGCACGAGCGCUUUCACACUGGAGAAAAACCAUACUCGUGUUCGGCGUGCUCGAAGACGUUUGCACUGAGGAAGAGCCUCCGCCGUCACGCGAGGUUCCACACAGGGGAGAGGCCGCACACCUGCACGCAGUGCAGCAAAAGCUUCCGUCUGAGAGACAAUCUAAAAGCACACCUGAGGUUUCACACUGGAGAGAAGCCUUUCAGCUGCCCCACUUGUGGGAAGAUGUACAGGAUCAUGAGGAAUCUGGAGAAACACCAGUGUGAAUUCUUUGUUCCUUCAUUCAGGAUGAUUGCUGGCUUGUAGCUGUGGGAAAGUGGUUGCGCCGUUUCCUACCUCAGUCAUACAAGUCGAGAUAAGAAAAGCUAUGAGAAACAGAAACCAUGACCCAGAUUGAUUGAUUCCCGACACUCAUUCCCGAAAGAGAUGACAGAUACUAAGGGGGAACCUUUUUUUCUACUACUGAUGGUUUUGUCUUGUUUUUCCGUGUUUCUUAGUCUUUGCCAUAUUUUGUGGACAAAUAGUGGAACUGUGUGCAAAAGUAGUACAACCAUUUGACACUUUUUAGCAUUAAACAACAUAGCAUUAAGAAACACAUGAUCAACAUCAGUUAAUCACAGUUAACCAGGCAUACUACAUACAGCUGCUCCUUGGAGAUUGUUGUCUUGUAAUUGGGUUGAAACGCAUUAGUAACAUUUUAUGCUUUUAUUUACAGAUAGAAGAUAUCUGGUGAUGUCUGGUGGGGAAAAAUACAGAUCCUCACCUGCCAACUAUUCUUGUGUUAAAGUUAUAUAUAACGUACUUCCACUGAUGUUUGUUCUUGAUGUCUGUUCUUUUUAUUGUAUGCUUUUUUUAACUUUACACUCUCUUGUGGAAAAGGCGUUUGGUUUUGUAUUCAUGUUAUUUUUACUGAAUGUAUGUAGACUUCUUUCUUUGUGUGCUUUAUAAGACUUGCUUUAAUAUUGAAAUACUUUAUAAGUGUACAUACUGUCAAACAAAUGUGAUCUCAUCUUCUCUUUUUAAACAGUUUUUUUUUUAAAGUAUUUUAUAUUCCAUAAUACAUAUACUCUGCAAUGACAAAUGUCUGUGUCCAUCUUUUUAAACUUUUGAUGUUAAAUAACAUUUUUCUUUUGUAUUAAUAAAACAAAUCAUGUUUGUAUGUA